GACGGAUUAUGGAGCACGGUUUAAGCUUAAACUAUGUAUGCAGUUUUUUUGCUUAUGUGAUGGUGAUUUCAUUGUUCUGCUGAUUCAAUAGGCUAUUCCAAAGAUCAAGCAACUCAAUUGGCCAUUUUGAAAGCCACCACGUCCUCGGUCAUAACGACACCACCACGGUCACGGUCAUCACGACCUGGGCUACCAUGGCCAUUGAAACCACCCUGGCCACUAGGCCCUCUGCGAUCAUCGAGGUCGUCACGUCAGCGGUGGAUUGGGUGCAACGAAGCGUCGACGUCGCGUUUGCGCUUCUUGGCAGUGGAAGAGCCGUGUUUUUCAAAGCCUGUACGGUCAAAGCCAGCACGCAUGAUGUUGCGGACAUAAUCUGAC